AUGUCGCCUCCAAUUGAUCUCAAAACACAAAAAUAUGAUAGACAACUAAGACUUUGGGCAACAACAGGACAACAAGCCUUGGAAGAAGCUCAUGUCUGUUUAUUAAACAUUACUUCAACUGGCUGUGAAAUCAUUAAAAACCUGAUUUUACCUGGCGUUGGUAAUAUAACAGUGAUUGACGACAGCAAAGUAACAGGCCAAGAUAUUCAAAACAACUUUUUUCUGGAUCCAGAAAGCAUUGGCUGUUCCAAAGCUAAAUCAGCAGCAGAGUUACUUCAAGAGCUUAACGAAGAUGCUAAAGUCACAUUUAUUGAAAAGGAUCCUCUCGAUUUAAUUCAAAACGAUCCCAAAGUAUUUGAACCAUUCACCAUGAUCAUCAUCGUCAAUAUGCCAGAAGAAGCUGUAUUGACACUCGCUUCUUUAUGUCAAGAUAAAGCCAUGAUUGUUGUCAAGUCGAACGGGUUUAUCGGCGCCUUUAGUAUUCAGGCACCGGAACACACCAUCAUCGAGUCACAUCCUGAAAACGCAAUGGACCUUAGACUAUCCUGUCCCUUUCGUGAACUCUCCGAAUAUGCAUCUUCUUUUGAUUUGGACGCUUUGGAUCAAACGGAUCAUAGUCAUGUUCCAUUCGUGGUCAUCAUUCUCAAGUAUGUAGAGGCUUAUAAAGCUAAACAUGGACAGGCGCCCCGAUCUUAUGAGGAAAGAAAGGAAUUGAUAGACAUGAUCAAAAGUGGUAUGAGAGCUGCCGACGAAGAAAAUUUUCAAGAGGCUCUUUCUCAUGUCUGGAGACUGUCAUCAACAGAUCAUAUUCCAUCAGAAGUGCGCCAGACGUUCAAUGACCCAUCUUGUGUCAACGCAGAUGCCAAUUCACCUUAUUUCUGGAUUCUGGCAAAGGCAGUACGCGAUUUUGUCGAAAAUGAAGGGGAGGGACAGCUUCCUCUUUCGGGAAAGUUACCUGAUAUGAAGUCAGAUACAGUGAAAUACAUUGGAUUACAACGCGUUUAUCGUCAAAAGGCUCUCUCUGAUUUGAACGCUGUCAAGAAGAGAGUGAAUGAUAUUUUGGAUGGUGAUGAAACAGUCAUUUCAGAUGAAGUCAUUGAAACCUUUUGUAAAAAUGCUGGACAUAUUAAAGUGAUUCAGUAUCGUUUGAUCAGUUCUCAUUAUAAACAAGCUGAUAAAAUAGUUCAAUGGAUGAAAAAUGAAGAGAAUAUUCAUUAUUGUAUAGUGUUCAAAGCAGCAGAUCGAUUCCAGAAGAUAUAUCAUCGUUAUCCAAGUUCUGUAGAGGAUUAUGAUGCAUUAAAAGAACAAACUGUAGUAUUCUUGGAAAGUAUAGAUAUUCCUUUUGAGCAAGUACAAGAGUUGAUGGAAAGUGAAAUUAUGGAUAAAACACUCCAAAACUUUGUACGAUUUGAAAACAAGGAAGCAGCUAAUAUAGCAGCUCUGUUGGGUGGAGUCGUUGCUCAAGAAGCUAUCAAGUUAAUUACCCAUCAAUAUAUUCCCAUCAACAACACUUGUAUAUUUAAUGGCAUAACAUCCACAAGUAAUGUAUUUGAGUUGUAG